AUGGGAAUCCCGAUCCCCGAUGCUUCUUCAUCCUCUGCGCCUAGAAACACUGUAUCCAAAACAGACCCGCGGUCUUUUAAUUCAAAGUUUAAAGAGAUGCAAUACUUAUCUUUUAGGAAAGGCAGUGAAUUCCUGUGCAGGACCAAAUAUGAAAAUACACUCCCGCCGCUCCCAAUGCCCCUUUCUCUUUUUUGCUUUAGCGUCGACCCAUCUAAAUAUGCAUGCUACCAGGAAGGAUCUUUCUCAUCACUUGAGAACGCUUAUAGGUAUAAGGAAAUUCAAGUUCCCAUAAAUGAGAUACUGCCCCUUUCGUUGAUCGACAAAAAAUCACUCUCUAUGGAGAAAACUCCUUCUGAAGUAGAUUCAGAGGAUCAGGAGCUUCUAAAUUUGGGAGAAAAAACCAAUUUCCCUCAAAUACCAUCAUGUCUCCCUCACUCACAGUCGCAAACAUCAAAUGGCUCGAUGGCAGAAAAUCCUCAAAAAUCAUUUUCCUGGCUCAGAAAGCAUGAACCUUGGCAAAUAAAGUCCGAAGCAAGAUCCUUGGCCGAUAGGUACAAUGCCGACUUAUUUUGUAGUUCUCGUCUGAAAGAAGAGUUUUCUUCCCAGCCGAUGUCCGUAGAUAGAGCCGUUGCCAUAAUUGAGCAGACAUUUUCGGCUGCAGAAUGUGUUGAUACGGUUCGGGAAACCCUGCGACACCCCCUGCAUCCAAAUCUUUCUGUAAAAAAGGUCUUUCCUAUUUUUCCGGACCUGGCGUCCUGGCCUGACAGCUAUCCAUACAAGCCAGGUGACGUUGUGUGUUCACCAUCGCAACCGUCUGUUUUAGAGCCACCGAAGGGAUUUGCGCGUCCCUUAAAUUUGRUAUCUAACCCGAAGGAACGAUUUUUUUACAUGUAUGCGCCGACGUCUUCUCAUCCCGCCUCACAACAGUUCUGUGUCAAUUUUGCAGAAAAUCCAGGCCAGGUGGAUCCCUCUCCCAUGCCAACCACUGAUCUUCCGCUUCCUUUUGUAAAGGACUUCUAUUACCAGACAAGCAUUGCUUCGACGCCCUCAACCCGGUCCACUUCAAAUCUGUAUUUGAUAUCAGUGUGUGAUGAUAAGGCACUUUACCAUCCAAUUCAAAGCAAACUGCUACUUAAAUCUAGAAGAAACACCCUUAGUGCAUCCAAACAAGACACUCUUCUUGCAGGGUCCAACACGGCGGGAAUCAUGUUGAGGAGACGGGAAUUUUCGAAUGACGAAUUGGCAGCUCGAAAUGAAAAAAACUCCAAACUGCUCCCAAAAAGCGUGAUGGAAGAAGACGUUUAUGAAAAAUAA